AAGACCUUUCAACAAAUUCUUGAUUUCUCACUUAAUUUGUUGGUUCUUCUUCUUCUUCUUCAUAUCUCUUCCCCUUUGUCUUCACAUUUCAUUCAGAAAUGGCUGACACAGAGACAACGCGAACGAUCAUUGGAGUCAUCGGAAAUGUCAUCUCUUUCUUCCUCUUUCUCUCCCCACUCCCAACAUUCGUAAAGAUAUACAAAGCAAGGUCGGUGCAAGAGUUCAAGCCAGACCCAUACGUAGCCACCAUACUCAACUGCUGUAUGUGGGUUUUCUACGGUCUACCCUUCGUCCAUCCCGACAGCAUUCUCGUCGUCACCAUCAACGGCAUCGGUCUGGUCAUCGAGAUCUUCAACGUCUCCGUCUUCCUCGCCUUCUCUGACUGGCCAAAGCGCUGGAAGAUCAUCAUCGCUCUCUUGGUCGAACUAGUCUUCUUGGCCGUCGUGAUCUUCAUCACCAUGACAUUUCUGCACACCACCAAGUCGAGAUCCAUGCUCAUCGGCAUACUCUGCAUUGUCUUCAACAUAAUCAUGUACACUUCUCCAUUGACAGUAAUGCGUAUGGUGAUCAAGACGAAAAGCGUGAAGUUCAUGCCAUUUUAUUUGUCGCUGGCUAACUUCCUCAAUGGCAGUAUCUGGCUAGUCUAUGCGCUCCUUAAAUUCGAUCCCUACAUCACCAUUCCAAAUGGUUUGGGGGCGCUAUCGGGUGCGGUUCAGCUUAUACUAUAUGCAACCUACUACAAAUCCACCAGAUGGGACGAUGGGCCGAGCCCUGCUUCUGAGGUUCAACUCUCCUCCAAGGACAAUCCCCCCAACUUAGUUUAGCAGUACUACUUCAUUUGUUGUACCUACCAAUGUAAUUACCGUUCUUUACAAAAGAUGGAGCGGAUGAGAAGAAGUUUGAGAUUUUGCGAGUGGCAGCAGCAGCAGGAGAGUCAUGUGCACUUCUUGAGGCUCUCUCAUAGCUUAUCUUUUCCUAUUGUACAUAUUUCAUUGUAUAAUCCUUGUUGUGAAGACCACCACAAGGACCACAGCUGAUCACAGCUCUUCUACAGCUCAAGAAGAAGCCACGUCAGCUGCUGUUAGUUAGUUAGUUUAAGUGGGUUAACUGGUGUUUA